AAAUCCCGAAUACGAACAGGCAGCACGGCAGUAAAAUGCCAGAACAAAGUAAUGAUUAUAGAGUGGUCGUUUUUGGGGCCGGCGGCGUCGGUAAGAGCUCUCUGGUUUUGAGAUUCGUCAAGGGAACGUUUCGGGAGAGUUACAUUCCGACAAUCGAGGACACCUAUCGACAAGUGAUAAGCUGUAAUAAGAACAUAUGCACACUUCAAAUAACCGACACGACGGGUUCACAUCAGUUUCCGGCGAUGCAAAGGCUGUCGAUAAGCAAAGGGCACGCGUUUAUAUUAGUGUAUUCCGUAUCCAGUCGGCAGAGCUUAGAGGAAUUGCGACCGAUUUGGGAACUGAUUCGGGAAAUUAAAGGACCAGAUUUAACUCAAAUUCCCGUUAUGUUGGUCGGAAAUAAAUGUGAUGAAAGUGCAGAAUUAAGAGAAGUUUCCACGUCGGAGGGCCAGGGCGAGGCGGGCUCUUGGGGCGUAAACUUUAUGGAAACGUCGGCAAAAACCAAUCACAACGUGAAGCAGCUCUUUCAGGAGUUGCUAAACAUGGAAAAGACGCGCAACGUUAGUUUACAAUUAGGCAACAAGGCGACGGGUCGCGUCGCCAAAGACAAGUGCGAUCUAAUGUAAGCGGCUCACCUUUUUAACUUUGUUGUCAUCCUUUAAUUGUAUCUAUCGUACGGGUAAACUAUUUGUUGGUAGAUAAUCGGCAAACAUUUAUACUGUUAACGAGGUUUAUUUGUUUUAAUCUACUUGCAAAUGUGAUCUGAGGAAAUUAUGUACAGAAGCUAGAGAAGUGCGUUGUAACCAUUUGUUAACUGUGAAGUGCCCAUUGGUGGACAAUAUUAACAUUUAAUGUGUUCCUGAAUAACGUACCAUAAGUAUACUACUAUUGAUGCUCGCUUAGAUUCUGUACAUAACAGGGUACAGAGUCCUGCACGACAGCGUCCUGUACAUACAUCACCUAUUGUUAAUGUAAAGCAAUAUCCUCCAAUUAAAGCCGCAGAUGUAUUAUCGGCAUGUAGCAAAUUUUCUUCUCUACAAUUCAUACAUAUGUUAAUAAUAGCAUAUCAAUUUCAUAAUAUAUAAGUCUGUAGAUUGCUGCAAGUUUAAUCUUAGGAAAUUUUUAAUAUAUCGCGCGCGGCUGUUUUGAUUUGGGACAGCCUCUUUUAGACUGGGUGCUGCUAUGCAACAUCAUUUGUUCAUGUUAUCAACAACCGUUUGUUAUUCACAACGCUGCUUUAUAGUGUUCAGUAUAUGAACUGCAAUUGUGAUCGACUUUAUUACAUAUUAUAUGCAACGAAUAUACAAGACAUAAUGUAGAGUUUAGGCGACUAUGUACUCAAAACAAACAAAAACAAGAUGAUUUCGUGCUAAAUUUAUAUUACGUGCCAUUUCGGAGGUUUAAUGAAAGUUAAGGGCGUUGCGGACUUUGUUACUGCAUUUUCAAGUCUUCGUUGUGUAUGCAUUGUACGGAAAAGAAGAAUGUUUUAACGAAAAUAAAUGUACAAAAAUAACUCGUCUUAAUGUCAAUUUGUCAGUAUCGUUUAUUUAUAUGUAAGAUCCUUGAAGUUGGAGUACCAAUAUUUAAAUAUUAAUAGUAUUUUUUUUUGUUAAGUUACUCGUGCUGUAAAAUUGGAAAUUUUCUCUCUCCGCACUUUUCACUAUUGUUACCAAUAAAUGCUUUUUAGAGUAGAACUGCCCCGCCGCUUUGUCUAUUGGUUAAAUGUUCAGGUACGGCCAAGAGUUCGAAGUCAUUCAGAGAUUACUUAAAAAUUCUUCAGAAACCCUUUCAGAGAUUUUUUAAGGGUUUUGAACCAGGGGCGGGUUUAUACAUCCAUUCAGGGGGGGGGGGAAAAUAAAAAAGCUACAGGUGCGCGGGAAUUUUUUUUUAGUAGCUUUGACCCAAUUUCAGCUAUUUUUUGUUAAACUAUCUAUUGCCGCAUUAAUUUCCGAAUACUGACAAAGGCAGAAAAAAUACCAGAGGCGAUAAUGAUAGUGCUAAAGUACAGUCGUGAGUCGCAGUCUGGACAAUACACGAUUCCGCCCCCACCGGCAUUAUUUUGUGUACCUAUUUUAUUCAAUUUCACUUUUCCGUCAGGUGGUUUGUGGUUAGGUCUAUUUAAUUCGAUUAUUAUGUAAACCUAAUGAAAUAAAAAAACAAUUGAGCAGUAUGUUUAGGGGCCCCCCCCCCCAAACCGCCCCUGUUUUGAACAUUUUGACAUAUUCUUGGAAAAAUCAUUUUGCGUGAUUCUGAGACAUUCUCUAAAAAUUUCCCAAACUUUUAGAGAUCAACAAAAAUUCGUGGUAGAUUAUUCAAAUGUUUCUUGAUCCUUGGAGAUUAGAAACUACAACGCAUUUUAAAAAAAAAUCUUGCUAAGAAUUUUUUAGAGCUAACAUCACAAAUUGGGCAUUUCAAUAUUGUUACUCCAACGUCAUGGGUGUACCACCAUGUUCCUUUGUGACUGUGUGUUGGUCCCUAAUUUUUCAAUUCACCCUUAACUUACAUUGUGCAAAUACGAUUGUUAUCAAUUAGAAACCUAAGGAUCAAAUUUGUAUACAUGUAGACAACUUUUAAACUCAAAUGUAUUUUUCGUCACAAUUUUGACACUUUUUCAACACUUCUGUCGUACCAGGCAGGUAUGACCGGAGUAGACUACGUUAAGUGUUAUUUAUUUUGUGAUGUUUUCUUAAGGUAUUAAUAUCGAACAUACUUUUCUGUCAGCGAUUUUGUGUCUUAUAUAUGUUAGUAAUGAUAUAUCUGCCUUACGUAGACUAUCCCGAUAUUGCUUCUUAUUCAUGUUAAGUUUCAGCUCAGUUAUAUAGGUAUAUGAUGUAAGAUAGAGUUGUUUAUAAUAAAUAGCCUGCAUUUUUU